AUUGUUUCUUUCAAUGAGCUCGUGACAGUGCCCGCCUACAAACAAGGGUUUGGUUUCUUCUACCUCUGCUCUCCACAAAGCCACUUCAACAGAGCUGUUCCGCUACACUCUGCGUCCUAUCGCUCUGUCAGAGCUGUUCUGUUUCUCUCCGCUCUGUUCUGCGCAGCACUGCACGUCACCGCUCCGGAGCUCAGCGGCAGCACAGAGGUGAAGGCAGACGCACGGUGGUACAGGGACAACACACAGUGGAGUCAACGGUGACGGCAGCGGUGGUACAGGGACAACACACAGUGGAGUCAACUGUGACGGCAGCGCACGGUGGUAGAGGUGGCGGAGAAGAAUCGUGAACGAGUUCCAAACUAAUUGAAUAUGACUCGGGGCAUAAAACACCGGAAGAAAGCCAAGAACAAAAACAAGGGCUCUAAGAAAGAGGACGGGUCUUCUUCAUCUUUGGCUCCACAAAUUCCAGCUAAGGUGUGGCAACCCGGGGUGGAUAAGUUAGAGGAAGGUGAAGAGCUUCAGUGUGACCCUUCUGCUUACAAUUCUCUUCAUGCUUUUCACAUUGGAUGGCCCUGUUUGAGCUUUGAUAUUCUACAUGACUCUCUGGGUUUGGUUCGAACAGAAUUUCCACAUACAGUAUAUUUCAUGGCAGGGACUCAGGCAGAGAAACCUUCUUGGAAUUCUAUUGGAAUUUUUAAAGUAUCAAAUAUUUCUGGAAAGAGACGGGUACCGGUACCUAAAGUUGAAACUGAUGACUCUGGAAUGGAUGGUGAGGAUAGUGAUAGUGAUGAUGACAGUGAGGAUGAAGAUGAAGGUGUUGCUCAGGGUCCCAGUUUGCAGUUACGGAAGGUUGCACACCAAGGAUGUAUCAACCGUAUUCGCUCCAUGCCACAAAAUCCCCAUAUAUGUGCAGCUUGGGCUGAUACAGGUUAUGUACAGGUCUGGGACCUAAGCUCUCAUCUCAAUGCUCUGGCUGAGACCGAAACAGAAGGUGUCCAAGGAGUUGCAGCAGUUUUCACUCAGGACCCAUUGCAUAAAUUUAAACACAAAGACGAAGGUUAUGCUAUAGACUGGAGUCUUCUUGUUCCUGGAAGGCUUGUAUCUGGGGAUUGUGAUAAUAGCAUUUAUCUGUGGGAGCCUACAUCUGCUGGAACAUGGAAUGUUGAUAAUGCUCCAUUUACUGGACAUACUGGUAGUGUUGAAGAUCUGCAAUGGAGCCCUACAGAACCUCACGUUUUUGCUUCUUGUUCUGUGGAUGGAAAUAUUGCUAUAUGGGAUAUCCGUUUGGGGAAGUCACCGGCUGCAUCUUUUAAGGCACAUAAUGCUGACGUGAAUGUCAUAUCAUGGAACAGGUUGGCUAGUUGUAUGUUGGCCUCGGGAAGUGAUGAUGGGACUAUUUCUAUUCGUGAUCUCAGACUGCUCAAGGAAGGAGAUUCUUUGGUAGCACAUUUUGAAUACCACAAACAUCCAAUCACAUCCAUUGAGUGGAGUCCACAUGAAGCCUCUUCAUUGGCUGUUUCAUCUGCUGAUAAUCAGCUUACAAUAUGGGACCUUUCAUUAGAAAAGGAUGAAGAAGAGGAGGCUGAAUUUAAAGCUAAAACCAGAGAACAAGUUAAUGCUCCUGAAGAUCUGCCUCCCCAACUAUUGUUUAUUCACCAGGGACAGAAAGACCUGAAGGAAUUACAUUGGCACGCACAGAUUCCUGGAAUGAUUGUUUCUACAGCAGCAGAUGGAUUCAACAUACUUAUGCCUUCAAAUAUUCAGAGCACACUGCCAUCAGAUGGUGCUUUAUAAGACACACUCUCUUCAUGUUUUCAAGCCAACCGGUUACAAGUUGGAUAAGCUGUUUGCAAUCACCGUGAAUCUACUUGAAUAUUGGAGAAAGUUUCUUUGUACUCUUUUUUUUGCUUUUGGUUCUUAUUGUUUCUUCUUCGCCCAUGCUUAAAGUUUUGUGGAUUAUCUGCUUCAGCUUGGUAUGCUUCACUUAAUUUUGAUGCAAUUUUCGUGUAUGCUGUCUAAACUGAUGCUGAUAGUAAGGUUAGAAUGGAAACAAACAAGCUAAUUUAGCCGAAUAUUUGUUUAUAUACCCGUCUUAAAUUCAUCGUUAUAUUUGUACGGAAUUUUGAUAACUAGGAUGCUAAAUUUUAAUGUGAUCUUGUGUUA